AUGGUGCAGUCGCUGACGUCAAAGCUGGAUCGUGCCGGCGAGGCUACAAUCUAUUUCUCGGUUGGGGUGCUACUCCAGACACUCUUCUUCGGCGUUUACACCCUGUUGAUAUUCCUCUCAACUCGUAUGCUGUUAGAACGAAAGCUGAACACCCGCGUUAACCGUGUUAUGUUUGGAUUAACGGUUUUCAUGUACCUCAUGACCGCCGGGUAUUGGGUGUAUUCGGUGGCUGACGUUGUGGAUCGGAUUCAAGGCCUUACCAGUCUUGGCAAGAAUCCGAGCAAGAUUCAACCCGCGCACACACUGGUCACGAUGUGGUCUCCACUGUUCAACUCUUUCAUGCUCUUGAAUUAUGUUAUCAGCGACGGAGUAGUCGUUUGGCGAGCGUGGAUCAUUUGUCUUCGGAGCCACCGCAAAUACCUCUGGAUCACAGUCUUCUUCCUAGUCGCGACUUCUGUUCAAGUGCUUCUCAUAAUCUCAUUCCGUAUUGCGGGCACAGCCAUCUCCCCCAUUGACAAUAUUCCGACCAACAUAGGCAUUGGACGCGGAAUCGAUAUUCUCCAAGUUCUGACGACAUUCACCUCGUUGUCUUCCAAUCUUGCGGCCACUGCUGUCGUAUCUGCAACCGCAUGGGGCCAUUGGAAGAGCAUCCGGUCUGCCCUGUCAAGCACCAAGACAAACUCUACCAGGACCAAUCGAAUUCUUCUGUUGGUCGUCGAGUCGGGUGUACUCUAUUGCAUUUCCGCCUUGAUCAACCUUGUCGCCACUGUGGUCCGUUUGCCACAUGGCACACUGGGGGACAUAUACACGCCCGUAAAUGUUCAAAUUGCGGGAGCCUAUCCUUCGAUUGUACUACUGUUGGUCAGCACCGAACGAUCGCUCAACGAUUCGACAUUCGGGGGAGACUCCAGCUCAACUGGUGUUUUUUCCAGCACUGCACCUUCUCGCCCGAUUUAUUUCGCUGCCCCUGGUUCACGAAGCUUGGCCACAAACAACGCAGUCACGCCACAUGUUGUCAAUUUUGCCACGGACUCGCGCCCUGAUUCAAUGGUAUCUGAUAUGUCGACGGAGGAUGAAAAGGCCAAAUACCCUAGACCUUUACCUCGUCCACCACAUGCUGUCGACAGCAUGGUUUGA